AUGCAAGCCCCGCCCACUUUGCUGGCAGCAUGUUUCCACAUUUGGCAAUUUCUGUUAGCCCUUGGUCGUGCACAUCUGCUCUCCACUGACGAUUGUCCCGUGCCUGUCAAAGCCAUCAUUGUGGAUUCCACUGGCACAGAUACACUGAGUUUCGGACCUUCCCGAAAUGAUUGCCAAGAAAGGUUAGCUACUUGCAGUGUCUCUUGGAUUUCGUACGAGCUGGUUCAGGCGAAUCAUGAUGUGCCUGCAGAGAAUGCCGCAGAUGGGGCACUGCUUUCAAGAGAUUUUGUUUUGACUGAUGCGCUGAAGUGGGUGCCUUUUGCUGGACGCAGCGGCCGCAUUGCUUUCCUCGAGAGAAUUCUUCCGAUGCCCCGCAUGGAGAACGAAAGGCUUGAUUCCAUUCUGGCUGCCAAGGACCUGCUGGUAUCCGUGCUGCUACCCCGGAAGACUUCGGUGGCAUGGGCGGACAUGCAAACUAGAAUUAUUGCAGAACAGGUCAUGGCGGUCUUGCCAGAUCACACGUUUGUUGACGAUGGGUUAGCGGCGACAUAUGAGCAGGCGUUCGAACCAUACCGCUUUUCUUUAAUAGUAGACGAUAACAACGACACGGUGUCGCAAGCACUCAUUCAUUGCAUCGGCUGGGGGACGAUACCUCUAUUUAAUGGUUUCUCGCACAUUGUUGCGAUGUUGCCAAGAGUUGUUGUGCCGUGGGACAGAGCAGCCUUCCGGGUUGAGACACUGCUCACGUUCCUACCCUCGAUUAAUCACGGCGUGGCAGCGCUGUGGCAGCAGCAUCGGCUCAUCCAGGAUCAGCUUUUGUACCGGUACAGCCGCGGGUUCAAUGCUUCCUUGCGGGCAGCCGCCUGCCAUUUGUGCUCUUAUAAGCAGGCCCACCUCGAGGACGCCCUGAAGUUUGAAGAUGCCGAAGACGUGGAAGAUGUGCUGCCUCCUUUGGUUUUUGUUGGCGUGUACUCGGCACAGGAGAAUGUUCAAAAGCGCCAGGCGAUACGCCGGACUUGGGCACGACCCGUGCGCACGCAUGGAUUUGAUCUCAAGUUCUUUCUGGGCAGGCCCCAUGCACAUCUCGUACAUGUGAAGGCAGAAAAUGCGAUACACAAAGACGUGAUUCUGCUUGACGUUCAGGAGGGAUACAGAUGGAAUUCAAUAAAAGGACUGAUGUUUCUGGAAUGGUGUGCUAUGAAUGUGCUCGCGCGAUUCAUAGUCAAAGCCGAUGACGACGUUUACCUGCGGCCAGAACCUUUGGUGCUCCUGCUGAAGCGUCGCCCCUCAUUCGGAUACGUAUGGGGGUACUUCGACUAUUUCAGCCCUGUGCCCGAAGACGAGCAUCACGCUUUCUUCAAUUCGGAGGACAUCUACCCUUUUGCUGUGUUCCCUCCGUAUGCAAGGGGGCUGUUGCGUGUGUUGUCGGCGGACGUAGUUGCCGCCCUUGCCAACAUGAGCCUUGCUGGCAAGCUUCCAGUCAUCUAUGGAGAUGAUCCAUGCUUCGGGGUUCACUUGAGAUAUCUUCGGGAUGACAUGCCGGGCUUGCCCAUGCUCACCUUGGACGACAGAGAUUCCUACCGCAUCUUCGCGAUGGAGCCUAGCUGUAACCCGGCACUGUGGUCACAUGCGUCCCAGCGAUCAUGGAUCAUUCACCAUGUAUCGCCCGAGCAGGUUGAGUGCAUGUGGGCUGCCGACCUUGAUGCUGGUAUGUACCAACUGGACGGGAUAGGUCAGACAGGUCGGACAGGUCGGACAGGUAAUGCAGGUGGUGCCCAAUCCACGCCGGCAGUGCUGGAGGUGGCCCUGGCCGCUGCCAGCUUUGCGACCCAGGAGCGGCAAGCCUUUGAAGAACCGCCACCAUUUCCGGACAUCUGCGAGUGUCUUGAAUUUGGACCAAUGGCAGCAGAGCUUUCUAAACGACAAGACAAGAUCAAUGCUACAAGGCUGGAUAGUCGACUCGUCACUGACUUGUCAUUCAGACAUUCAUCAUCACUUGGACAGCUAGCAGCUUGCCGUGCAUCUGGUUCUGGAGCAUCCGUUUAG